UUGCGAGUCCCGGACGCCCCAGAUCCAACGCCCCGAAUCCAAGCGCAGCCCGAGGCCACCUGCAAGCGGGGGACCGGCGACAGGGACACCCGCCGAGACCGCCGAGCCGGGGUGGCAGCCGCCGCGCGCAUGCGCAGCCCCGCCCAGGGCUGGACCAUUGGGGCUGUGUGGGGGGGAGGCCCGGGGCGGCCGAGAAGCGCCACCGGGCAGGAGCUCGGCCGUCGCUCGCCGGAGACUUUCCAUAAAGGGGCCGCGAAAGGUUGCCUGCCACCUGCUCUGCCUGAGCACGGGGACCUGCACUCGGCCUCCCCGCAGACACUUUGGUCUUUGUUCCCGGAGCCGCGGGGACCGUCGCUCUGGCGACCGCGUCGGGCUGACGCCCCAUUGUCAGCGGGAGGUGUCAGCGGGGGUCGCGCACACCGGGACUCGGUGACCACAUGGGCUCUCCCCGCCCCCGCGCCCCUGCCCCAUCACAAAGCGCAGGGUGUUCCCGUUAGAUCUUUCCAGGGCCUCCCAAGGAGCAAGAGCCCGAGUCCCUCGCCCAGGUGUUCAGACAAGGGUCAGAGAAAAACACGGCCUACCUACAGAUCCUCAGAACUCAAGAAUGUCAGACUUCUCUUUGCUAAAAGGAAAAUUGCAGAUAAAAAUCUGUUGGCAGAGUUAUAUGAGGAACCACCAUUUAAUAGCUUGAAGCCAAAUGAUCUUCCAAAUGGGAUGGACAUCUGUGACUUGGUGGACAAUGUGAUCCAGGCUGAGAAAAAUCCUGUUACUAACAAGGCUUUCUGUUCAGAUAGAGAACUAGAGAAGUUUCUCUCUUCUGAUCCUGUAAGAGACAUAUGGCUGGAUAGCUUCUGGUGGCUCUUUCACGAAAGGUACCAGCCAAACAAAGAGGUCCAGAAUAAGCUGUUUGACCGGAUAUCCCAAAACUAUGCCUUUCUGUUAUUUUAUGGACCCAGGUCUCACUAUGAAGAAGCUAUCUUAAAAAAUUUGCCAUCACUUCUGAGUAAAGCCCUAUACACCAGCUUCUCUUGCUGCUUUCCACAGUCCUGGUUCAACACCCACGAAUUUAAGUCUAACAUCUGUAACACCAUGAGCCUGUGGCUCUCAGGCACAUAUUCUAGCCCACAGAGCUAUAAUAGUUGGAACUAUUCAAAGCUGGACCCAGAGCGAUUCCGGAGAGAAGAAUUCAUGCAGCAGAGUAGACAGGAAAAGGAAAAAGGGUGUUUUUUUAACACUUCUAUGAAGUACUACCAGAAGGAUGGCAAUUUUGAGAUUUCUCUUGAAAAUUUAGAUGGUGAGAAAGUCUGUUUCUCCACACACCAUAUAGAAGAUAGCCUACCAGUCAAGAAUGCUCCAAAAGAGACUCUGGUCUUGAGGAAAGCUACACCACAAGUCAAGAAGAUAACAGAAGCAAGAAUCUAUGAGCACACGUAUCACAAGCAGUCUCAUGCUGCCAGCAAGGUCCCUAAGAUGACUUUAAACCUCUUCAACAUUUAUGGGAAGAGCCCUUUGAUUAUGUACUUCCUCCAGAACUACACCAGUCUACAGCAGUAUGGGGAAGAUGUGCUGAUUGUCAGGCGGGAAGAAAACAAAGCAGCUCCUGAGCUUAGCCUGACAUAUGCAGAGCUUAUCAAGCUGAUCCGGCAGAGGAUGAAGAGUCAGAAGGACAAGUUAGAACAGCUGCGCACAAUUCACUUGCACGAAUGGAGCUAUUUUGAUUCAUACUUAAAGGAAUUGCAAGACCACUACAACAGGGAGUUGAAGAUUAUUGAUGAAAAAGAAAGAGAAAAAAAGAAGGCAAACCAGAUGUUCAUCCCAUCUUCAAACGUCUCUGAGGAAAUCUUCAACAAGAAAUGUAAAGGACGCUGUCCGAAAGAUGAGGUCUUUUUUAAGAGAGUCCACCAAGAAGUUAAAACCAAGAUAGAAAAAAGAAGUAGUCUUCCUUGACCUGCCACCAGGAUGAAUCCUUGUCCAAGAAUUGGAAGAACAUUUGGGAUGAAGCCUACAUGCGUUGUUAGCUUUAAUCUAAAACAAACAAAAAACCAACAUAACAAACAAAAUGAUAGUAAUACAACAUAUUUAGUCAUUCUCAGCCCAUAAGACAAAGGAUAUUAAAGUUUCCUCCUACCCUGGGCCAAAGUUGAAAUGAA